AAUAGGUAUAUACAUGUAUAAAUACAUACAUAAACGUGUGUGUGUGUGUGUGUGUGUGUGUGUUGUGUGUUGUGUGUAUGUUUGUAUAUAUAUAUAUUAUAUAUAUUAUAUUAUAUAUAUUAUAUAUGACAAAUAUACAAGUUGUCUAUUAUGAAACGUACGGAUUUUUUUUUUUCUUUUUUUCUUUUUUCGUAACAAAAUUUGGACGUUUCAUUAUAGAUAACAUUUUGUAUAUAUAAAAACCCACAAAUACACGCACACGGAUAUAUAUGUAUAUUAAAAUAUUCGUAAUCUCGAUUCUUUCGAUUCUUUGAGAGAAUAUGUGUCGUUAAAUCAAGUUCCAUGGAAUUAUUAAACGUAAUUACAUUCGAGAUUUAGUAUAUUUGGAAAAGUUUAAUGUAAAUAUCUGCUGUCGAGUUUUAUCUUUUUUUUUUUUUUUUUUUUUUUUUCUCUAAAAGUGUCAAACUAAUGCAUCGAUAUAGAUGCAAAAUAAGUUCGUGAUUCGUUCUAAUAAUGGAGCCGAGAUUACGACGCGUAAAGAUUAGGAAAAAGAAUAAAAAAGAAAAAGAAUAAUAAAAAGAAGAAAUAAAAAGAGAAAGGAAAAGAUAAUAAGAAAAAGAAAAUAAGAAAAUCUAAACAUAAUUAUGAUCGUCCUCCCUCUCGUAGUUUAAUUGCCGAUUUUUAUACUUUAUGUACAGGUCUCAGUACAUAAUGUUUUUUAAUACUAUUUUUUAUCUAUUUCCGCGUAAUAGAUUUAAAUAUCUUCAUUGUUUCAUAUAUGGUAGUCACUUUAGAUGAAAGAUAUUUGUACGGUUACAGAGGUACAUAAAAAAAAGAAGAAAAAAAAAAAGAAAAAAAAGAAAAGAAAAGAAACAAACGAAAUCUUCGAUAAAUGAACGUCUAAAACGUGUGUUUGUGUGUGUGUUCAUGCGCGCGUGUGUGUGUGUGUGUGACAGAGAGAGAAAAUGUUGAUUAGAUUAUUAUAUUCUCGAAAUUCCGGUCUGUAGAUAUCGACGAAUAACGAUUAACGACAAAGAACGGUUCAGAACGAGAUUAGAAAAUUUCUUCAAUAAAUUCGUGCCAUCGAAGAGUGUGCAAUAUUACUUGUUUAUUUUAUUUUAUUUUAUUUUAUUCUUUAAUUAUUAUUAUCAUUCUUUUUUUUUUUUUAUUUUUUUUUUUUAUUUUUCUUUUUUUUUGUGUCUUAACCCAGCGUAAGUACAUUCGGCAAUAUAUACAGAGAGUGAGUGAAAUUUUUCAUUCAUAAACGAGCACAUGUAUGGAAGGUACGUUGAAUUAGAAAAAAAUCGAAUACUCCGAUUAGAUAUAUAUAUAUAUAUAUAUAUAUAUAUAUAUAUAUAUAUAUAUAUGUAUAUUAGAAUUAUUAGAAUAGAAGAAACGACGAGUUUUCUUCGAUGCUUUACACACAUAAAUACACAUACUUACACACAUAUACAUACAUAUUCGAUUUUCUUUAUUCCACGUAUUUUUUUUCCCCUCAAACGAUGUACAUAUAACGCGUUUAUGAAUUGAAAGGAUUCCGCUCUUUCGUAUGAAUAUAUAAGAACGUUCGCGAAAUACAUAUAUAUUUUAUAUAUAUAUAUAUAUAUAUAUAUAUAUAUAUAUUGUAUAUAUAUAGUAUAUAUUGAUAGAGUCCUCGGUAAAGUCUAGCGCAAAUUGUGAUCGAUAAACAAGAGUCGAGUUUUUCGCUCCCUGUUCACGUUGCGUACGAGUCCGGAAAAAUAUCGGAUUGGAAUCGUGCGCCGGAAUUUCGCGGGUCGAAAAAAGGAUUCGAUAUAAGUUCAAUGACCGAUAAUAAUAUCGAUCUCGUUAGAAUCGGUUACGCGCGAUACGCGAAUUCUCUCUGUAAUUAAUUAAUUAAUUAAUUAAUUAAUUAAAAAUUAUGAUGAUCAUUGUAAACUUCGAAAAUGGGCUGUAAAACUCGCGACUAAAUCUCCCAUUCAUUCUCUACAAGAUUCGCAUAUUAAUUAUCAAACAUAAUUGUAGGUAUCUAUACGAAGUAUAGCAUUCAAUAGCGUAAACAGUAAUGAAAUAAUUAAAUAAAUGUCAUAUACCCUAUAAAUCAACGAAUUUAAUAUAUUCACAACAUUUCACAUUCCACGAUGAUCGACGUCGCAACAUCGGCCAAUCCAAAAACCCAAGUUAAUGAUGGGAUUAAAAGGGAUCGCUAAUAUAUUCUCGACGAAGGAAAUGUGACGAGGAACAGAUUCUUGAAGGAGCAGCUCGAGUACGCUUCCGGCGUUUCGUGAUUCCCCCAGUGGUCUUGCAGGCCCAAUGACCUGAUUGUCGUGCUCGAAAGAAGAAGCAGAAGAAGAAGGUGCUCUCGAUGGUUCGUUACUACGAAAUCGAUGUAUGACGAUGACGUUCGCUACGCUUCCAGAAAUAAUAAAGAGAAGCUUAGAAUUCUUCGAUCUUCUGCCGGAGGAUCCAAAACUUUACGAUAAAAUGAGACCACCGAAAAAAGAUGGACAAGCGACCGUCGUCUAUUUUCACGUCACCGUAAUGGGUCUCGAUUCGAUCGAUGAAAAUUCAAUGACCUACGCUGCGGACAUAUUUUUUGCUCAAACGUGGAAGGACAACAGACUGAGACUACCAGAAAAUAUGACUUCGGAGUAUAGAUUAUUAGAGGUCGACUGGCUGAAGAAUAUGUGGCGACCUGAUUCCUUUUUCAAGAAUGCCAAAUCGGUGACCUUUCAGACGAUGACGAUACCAAAUCAUUAUCUCUGGCUCUACAAAGACAAAACUAUUCUAUAUAUGGUGAAAUUGACAUUAAAACUCUCUUGCGCUAUGAACUUCUUGAUUUAUCCGCACGACACGCAGGAGUGUAAACUGCAAAUGGAGAGCCUGUCUCACACGACGGAUGAAAUGAUCUUCCAAUGGGAUCCCGACGUACCACUUGUUGUCGAUGAGAACAUAGAAUUGCCCCAAUUACAACUUGUGAAGAACUAUACGGCUGACUGCACGCAAGUCUAUUCCACCGGUAAUUUCACCUGUUUGGAAGUGGUAUUCGUAUUGAAACGACGACUCGGUUAUUAUCUCUUUCAUACAUAUGUUCCCACGUGUUUAAUCGUAAUCAUGUCGUGGGUCUCAUUUUGGAUCAAACCAGAAGCUGCCCCAGCUAGAGUGACCUUAGGAGUGACAUCAUUGCUGACCUUAUCGACUCAACACGCAAAAAGUCAAGCCUCUUUACCACCGGUUUCUUAUCUAAAAGCCGUCGAUGCCUUUAUGUCGGUCUGCACGAUAUUCGUGUUCAUGGCAUUGAUGGAAUAUUGUCUGGUGAACAUAGUUCUCGGUGAUUCCGAUGCGCCAGCAGCGAAACCACCACCACCACCGGCACCGCCAUCUUCUAGCGGCGCCGACUCCGCUAAACUCGAUAAAAUCUUCGAUAUUGCAACUAAGGAAAAUGCCAUGUUAUUGUCCGGCCGAUCGCAGAAGUCGAAUUCAGGUCCACCACCAGAACCAACGCCGGCUCAAAAGGCAAGAAUGAGGGCUUUGAACAUCGAUCGAGUCUCACGUGUUUUCUUUCCUUUUCUUUUUGCCGUAUUGAACGUCACUUAUUGGAUAAUGUUCGCUGAAUAUAUAUAAAAAAUCUUCUUUUAUCUGAGGAAAAGUCAACAAUUUGAGAAGAGAGAGAGAGAGAGAGAAAGAGAGAGAGAGAGAGAGAGAGAGAGAGAGAAAUAAUCAGAAUGCAAGAUACCCGUUUAAAAUGAGAAAGAGUGAGAAAGAUGAAAUGUAAAAUUGGAUGUAUGUUAAAGUGUAUGUGUGUGUGUAUGUGAGAAAGAGAGAGAGAGAGAGAGAACAAACACACAUUAGUUAUUAAAAAGAUGGCAUCGAGUCGUGAACAAAAAGAAAAACUAACAAAAAAAAAAGAAAAGAAACCUAACUUAUUUCUAACUCGAAAAACUCAUGCAUCGUUAUAAGAUCCAUAAACGAUAGAUAAAAACGUAUUACUUAGAUACAUUUCGCGCUCUUUUUUUUUCGAAAUAAAUAGCUAUUUAAAAAAAAAAAAAAAAGAAAGAAGAAAGAAAGAAGAAAAAUCAACGAUCGAUCGAGAAAAAUUUGGGCGCCAAAUACGAACGAUCGUCGUGAUCGAAGAUUGAAAUAUCGAAUCGUUGAUCUAUCGCGAUAAAGAAAAAAAAGAAAAAGAAAAAAAGUGAGACAGAGUUAAGUAAAAUCGAAUCUGUAAUUAAUUAUUAUUAAAGGGCUUUCGCUUAAAAAUAAAAAAAUAAAAAUAAUAAAACAAUAAAUAAAAAAUAAAAAAUAAAAGAAGAAAGAGAGAUGUGCCUAGAAAAAUUUGUCGAUCUCGAUAUCGUAGAAAUUAUUGCACCUGCCGCCAUUCCUUCGAAUUAUUCGUGCAAAAAAGAGUUUGCGCAAUUGCAAAAAAUAAAUCGUCCAAUCAAAAGCUUUUAGAUCGCUUUUUUAAUUUAACUUCUCACUGAUCUCUGCUUUUCGGACAUUCACAUGAGUCUCGUUAUGACGAGAAUUAAAAGAAAGGAAAAAGAAAGAAAAGAAAUUAAUCAAUCUAAUUCAAUCUAAUUUAAUCAUUAAGAGCUAUCAGAUUUAAAUAGAAGAAUGUAAUUAACAUUUGUUCAUCGAUCAGUAUGGAUCUUGUAAAUUUUUUUAAUUUACAGGAUCAGGAUCUUGUACAUUUUUUAAAAAUCCUUGUCGAACACAAUAACAAAUGUUUUUCACCGACAUGAAUACAUUUUGGUACCGCAAUCAUUCUUCGAUGCCUCUCGUCUAUAUAUAUAUAUAUGUAGAUACUAUGAUAGCAUUGAAUUCAUUUAGAACACCCGCUGUACAUACGAAGAUAAGAUAAUAAUCGUUAUAUUAAAGAGAAUAGAGGAGAAAAAAAAUGAAAAGAGAAAAGAAAUAUUUUCGUUAAAGUGAAAUAAAAUGAAAAAUUCAGAGAUAUUAUUUCGAUCAUGUAUAUAUAUAUAUAUAUAUAUAUAUAUAUAUAUAUAUAUAUAUAUAUAUAUAUAUAGAGAGAGAGAGAGAGAGAGAGAGAGAGAGAGAGAGAGAGAAGUAAUCUUCCGUCAACUAAAAAAUUUCGUUCGCGUAAAUUCGCGUCUUUAAUGUACAUACAUACACAUACACAUACAUACAUACACAACUUAUAUAUACAUAUACAUAAAUACAAAGCAACAAAACUUGAUUUGUUCUUCUCGUAGGAAUAUUAAUCGAAUUAAUUAUUGCAGUGAAAAUAUUCGUCCAUUUACGAAGGAACGACCAUUUAAAUUACGAGAUCGAACACAGGCCUCGUAUCUAUAAUUAUGUAUAAUGAGAAUGUGUAUAAAAUAAAGUAUGAUAAUGCACGAUUUUAAAUUUA